AUGCCACCUACUAGAAAAUACGUUUCUGGAUAUACAAAACGUCUUAGAAAAAGAAAAAUCGAGGAAUUGACUCAAUCUCAAAGAGGAGCUCUUGAUAGAUUCAUUGUUAGAGAAUCACAUGCUACAAUUGAUGAAAGUAUUUUCAAUGAACAAGAACAAGAUGAUGUUGAGGAAUUGCAAGAUAUUGAAAACAAUAUGGAUGAAUGUGAGGGUAAUGUUGAGCAGAAUGAGAAUGAUGACAAUGAAAAUGCUGAUAUUGAUGAUCAUAAUGAAGAUGUUGAAGAUGUAGACAUAGAAAAUCAUAACAAUGAGAACAUCACUGAUUUAUUCAAUGAAGAACCAAGCCAGUCCAUUCCAUUGGAUAUUUAUGAUCCAAGAAAUUGGGAUAAUAUUGAUCCCAAAUUCCGUGACCUAUUAGUGGAAAAAGGUCCUAUAAGAGAUCUAUUAAUAGGAAAAGGUCCUAAAGAUCAUUUACAUAGGCGUUUCUCUUCAACAUUUUACACUCGUUAUUUGCCAAAUGGAGAGCAACAUGAUAGAGAUUGGCUAAUAAAGAAGUUUUUCAAAAUUAAAAUUGUUAAAAUCAUACUUGCGAUCAACUAUGUCGCAAGAAAGAUUAAAUGGACUAGCUUUGAUUUCAAUUGA